CGUGCAGGGCGGUGCGGUGUAAAAUGUAUGCGUUGCGCGACAGCGUCUGUUGUUGUUGCGCCGAUCAGCUGAACGCAUGACCGCGCUUCCAGUUUGACAAGCGGGAGGGGAAGCCCCUUUGCCUCACGGACGUCCAGAUAUCGGCGAGAGAGGCGUACGCGACCGUACAGUUUGACAAGAGAUGGGAUGCGGAGCGCGCGCCACGCUCCUGUAGACAGUCAAUGGCUACGGCGUCACAGCUCUGUCAGAUAUCAAACUUCGCAACCUAAAAAUGAAAUUGAAAAACCAGACACACUUGCUAAACCGGUAACCAUGGAAACACACUGAAGUCUCGGAUAACUGGCUCGGGUCCCAACUGUUCCCACUUGUGAAAAAUACACUGCUUUGGAAGGACCAGGGAAGUUCUAAAAUGUGACGAGCUGAGAACGACAGACAAAUAGGACUUUUCACAGAGAAAGUUUCUCAACAGCAUCUCGAAGAGGCAUCAGCCCAAAAGGGAAACAAUGAUGAAUUUUGCCAGAGCUGUUUUUGAAAAGGAGAGGAGGCAUUUAACACACACAAAGCACUCGCAUAUAUGGUGGAAUCACACUGACACUGUUUAAUUAUGUCUUUUUCAGUUAAGACAUCUGCUAUCUGUCACAUUAUUUAUGGCAUAAUACGAUUAGCCUACCAUCUAAAGUGAGAAUAAAGCCUAUUUCCUAUCAAAGGAGUAUUUGUUGCAAUGACGUUCAACAGUUUGGUGCUCACUGAACCAUUCCUGCAUCCGUGAAGACUCCUCCCCGCAUUCUAUGGAGGCGGAGGAGUACAGGUCGCCUGAUGAGGAGCGAUCCAGUGGUCAGCAGCAGGCUUCGUUGGGGGCACAGCGGCCUCCAUUACAGCAACAAGCUACCUCGCGAAGUAUUCAUGAAUCACAUGGCCGCCAUCAACACAAGCAGCCAAAACGCUCUGAAAUGCUUCAAAAGCAGAAGCAGCAGCAACAGUCACAGGCGAGUGGGCCAUCUUGGCAGCUUUCAGAUGUUCCUGGUCCUUCAAGAGGCAGCUGUUCUGUCCCAGGAGAUCCAUCUUCUCAAAUUCAUAAUGUUUCUCAAACUCAAUCUCUGCCCAGCCUGGAAGUACAGGAAGGCACCCCAAGUAGGCGAGAACGCAAACCGCAAAAGCCAGGAAAAUAUGUGUGCACAUACUGCGGCCGUCCUUGUGCAAAGCCCAGCGUCCUCCAAAAACACAUCCGAUCCCACACAGGAGAGAGACCCUACCCGUGUGUCCCAUGCGGUUUCUCCUUCAAGACCAAAAGCAAUCUGUACAAGCACCGCAAAUCCCAUGCACAUCGAAUUAAAGCAGGAAUGGCCUCGAGUCGUGAGGAGCCCAGUUUUAGUGGGCCUGAGGCUGGAGCCUUGGGAGAUGAGCAAGAAGGCACAGAAGGAGAAAGUACAGGUUCAGAAGAUGAGACUGGGCAACACCAACCAUCUACCUCACAGAGCAGGCCAACUCUGAAGAAAGGUUGCAAGGUAGAAUUGUCCUUCAUAGAGGAAAGCCCCCAAGCUGAGGAUUCACAGGCGGUCAAGCAGAGGUUAGCAAUGAGGCUAAGUGAGAGAAAGCGAACUCCAAGGACGUCUUCAGAUGAAACCCGUUCUUCACUAGGUCCAGGUAGUAAGGGCAGCACAGAAUCUGGCUAUUUUUCUCGGUCUGGAAGUGCAGAACUCUCGCAAGUGAGCCCACCAAAUGCUAGUGCUAAAACGUAUGCUGAGAUCAUUUUAGGAAAGUAUGGACGACUAGGACAACAGCAAAGGCUUCCUCAGCAGCAGCUGCAGUUAUCUUCUUUAGCUCAACAUGAAAAAUCAAUCCCUUUCAGUGUUCCCAAGACGCAAGUCAUCGAGCAUAUAACCAAGCUAAUUACUAUAAAUGAAGCCGUAGUAGAUACUAGCGAAAUCGACAGUGUCAAACCAAGACGUUCCUCACUCUCCAGGAGAAGUAGCAAUGAGUCUGUUAGGUUAUCUUCCCCAAAAGAAUCCUUUGUUUUUGAACCCAAGGGGGACAUCACAGGUUCUCGUGGUUCUGCUGUUCAACUUACUCCUGUUAGUUUUCCAGGUGAAUUGUCAGGUUCAUACUUAGCUGAAACAGAGACACUAGCUAGUCAAAGCUCCAGUGCUGUUCUUUACAGGAGUCAGUCAGUGCCAUCCUCUGGAGAUGCUUCUGAUCCUGUUUCACGUCGUUUUCGUCUCAGUCAUUCUUUUGAUGAGCAGCAGGCGGUGAGGGUAAGCUCACACCAACGUAUGUUACGACGCCAACCUGCUAUUGAGGUGCCAGUUGGAACGGAGCUCAUUAUAGAGGAUGCAGGCCCUUCUUCCAGAUUAAAAGAAUUAGAGUCAGGAAGGAAGCAAGAAAAAGAACUGCACCUAUACGAGUGUGAAAUGUGUGGGACUCGUCUAAAGAAGGCAGAUGCUUAUGUAGCACACAGACUUGUGUGUAUGAACAAGUCUCAGCUUGGUGCUAGAAGUGAAGAAAGCGGUUCUUUUGAAGAUCAUCCGCAAAUUAUGAGCUACAAGUUUAAAGCAAUGGCCAUGGCUGUGCGCAAGAGGAAAAAGAAAGAAGAGAGUCUUGAGGAAGAUCCUCCCAGUCCAGGUCCAGCAGCUGUGUCUUUCAGCAGCCACCUCCCAUCAGUGUUAGGCAGUAUUGAUAAUCAGGGCACACAGAGUGAGCUCGAAAGAAGGGGUUCCUGGAAAGAGAUUUCUGUUAUUCAACAUACUAGAUCUUUUGAAAAGCAGGAAAGCAUCUCUAUGGCAAACCAGGAAGCAGAACUAGAACAUGAGCCAGCACCGGAGCCAAAACCAACAUCUAGGUUAAUACGUCAACACAACAUUCAAGUGCCAGAAAUCCUAGUCACAGAAGAGCCAGAUGCUGAAAUGAUCUCACCUCCAGCGAUCUCCAAAGAGCCAGAGAAGGUAGAGGAAUUCCAAUGGCCUCAGCGCAGCCAAAGUUUGGCUCAGCUUCCUGCAGAGAAGCUACCACCAAAGAAGAAGCGUCUUCGUUUGGCUGAGGCAGCUCAGUCAUCGGGUGAAUCUAGCUUUGAGUCAGUUUCUUUACCACACAGCCCAAGCCAAGAGGGUAACAUUUCCCACGCAUCUAGUCGUUCUGCCUCUUUCGAGGAAACGGGAAAGCCGGACUCUGAGAUGCCGACGGGCACCUGGAGCUCCCAAGGGUCUCACAUGCUAACUGUUCCGCCAAGUCUUUACCAACAACAUCAUUCACAUAGGGAGAUGCGCCGCUCGACUUCUGAACAGGCACCUGCGAGUCCUCAACACCCUGCACAUGUAGAAGAAAUAAGGAGUAAAUCGUUUGACUAUGGCUCCCUCUCUGUAGAGCGCACUUCUGCAACUUGGAAGGAAAGGAGGAAAUGUCUCCUGGUGAAGCAUGCAACACUUGGUGAACCUGACCAGGAGGAGACAUCAUCUACUUUUAAACCCGCAGUGUGUCAGUCCUUCCUUGGUCAUCCUUCAUUCACAAUCACAGAGUAUAGAAUGGGAGGCAAGACCGCUCGGCUUAGCUCAGAGCAUGUUGGGAAGACCAUGCAGCUUGUCCAAUCCCCUCUUUCCCUCCCGGCAACAGUUUUUCCCCUCCCGCAGACAAGCCCUGACAUUUGUUCCCAUAGUCAACUCACCCGAUAUCCCCCUGUCACUACAGCAAUAUCCGAGGUACUUUCCACUCAGAUUUUUCAGCAAGACUUUAUUUACAAACCACCUCAGAUACAUCAAAGACCCCUUGAGUAUGUAGAAGAACGCCUUGGCCUUUCCCUACAGCCAGUGUCCACUUUAUUACCCACACAAUCAAGUGAUGUAACUCAGGCUGUUUACUUUCCUGUACCAGGUGGUUUAACUGUUCAGGUCCCUUCAGGACCUCUUUUCAGGGAGUCUAGAUCAUCACCUUCACACUUGCAGUGUCCGAGUCAUUCACAACAGCAGCUAGUCACUCCCCACACUCCCCGUCCCAUUAUAGCUCCAUGUUUUCAACAGCUCGCACCAGUGGUGUCUCUUGUAGUGCCUGUGCGUUUACAGACUCACAUUCCUACCUAUGCUAGUGCCAUGUAUACAACCAUCUCACAAAUUUUAGCCACGACACAACAUCCAGUCUGCUGCAAAGCCAUGGUCGUUAUGGGUAAGCUGGAAGAAGACAAGCUUCAAAGAUCUUACCUAAGGCUGCCAUCGCCUAACCCGAAGAGCUACAUUCCUCUGCCGCUGCCUCUUGAGUAUGGAGCAGGAACUUCAUCUGAUGACGGCUGUGGUCAGCUCGGUGCUGGAGGAAGUAAGCGUAUGCUGUCGCCUGCAGGAAGUCUAGAGCUUAGUCUAGAGGCACAGCGGCAACAAAAGCGAGUGAAAGAAGAGGAGGAAAAGGAGGAGGACGACGACAAGGAUGACAAUAAUUAUAAAUGUGAUGAGAAACCUCAGGAGGGGAAUCAAGGAACCAAUAUGCAUAGGUUGACAGUGGAGACUGUGGGCAAGGGAAAAGAUGCAGGACAAGAAAUGGUAGUAACUACAAAAAUAGGCAAGCAGGACGUAACAGAGCACAAAACAGAACCUUUAAAUAAGGAUGAAAGGAAAGAUGUAGGUCACAAGUAUGUUUCAAGGGUAGCAAGUCCAAAUAGAGCCAUGGACCCCUCAUAUCCCACUUUGCAUACCACUACAUCUGUCAGCUGGUGCUAUCUAAACUACACCAAGCCUAACCCAUCUCCACACAGGGAAUCGACUUCUGUCUAUUCCUCAUGGAGCAUUAGCAUGCAUAACCCCAAUCUACCUGGCUUAUCUACUAAAACGUUACUGUCUCUGCUGCAGUCCAAGCAGAAACAUAGUGCUGAGACAUACACUAUGGCUACAGCUCCGUCACCAAGCACUGACAAGUCGGAACAUACAGAAAGUGGCAGCACGAAGACCAGUGAGUCAGAGGCACGUGCCUCCCCGCCCAACACACCCGUCAAGGUAAAGGAGGAACUGCCAAACGAAAGAGAGGAAAAAGACCAAAAGGGUGCUGAUGAUCUGCCCACAACAUCGAAACAGAGCGAGGCAACACUUAUUGGCAUUUUUGAGGGCGGUUAUAAAUCAAAUGAGGACUAUGUGUAUGUCCGGGGCCGAGGGAGAGGGAAAUAUGUUUGUGGGGAGUGUGGGAUUCGCUGCAAGAAGCCCAGCAUGCUAAAAAAGCACAUUCGCACUCAUACAGACGUCCGUCCCUAUGUGUGUAAGCACUGCAACUUUGCCUUCAAAACCAAAGGGAACCUUACCAAACACAUGAAGUCCAAGGCCCACGGAAAGAAAUGUCUGGAGAUGGGUGUGUCCGAGUCAUCUGUGGAUGAGUUGGACACUGAGGAAGCAGGUGGCAGCGAGGAGCACAUAUGCGAGUCAGAAGACCACGAGGGGCACCGGUUCUCCGAUGUUGAAGAGUCUGAAGCAGAUGAUGACGAUGACGAGGAAGAGGAAUGUUCCUCCCACGAUGACCCAUCCUCCUGUUCCACUGACACUCGGCAAUCCAUAGGAGACUUAUCGGAAAGUGGCCAAGCCUCCCAGACGGAGCCUUCUGACCCUACACCCAUCGAAGGAUACUCCUCACCCCACAGACCCUGGCCGGGAAUACGAGCUGCUUCUCCGGGCAGCAAGAGAGCGUCGUUCUCCCGCAAGGCCUGGGCGGUGUCCCCUAGGACCUUCUCUCCCAAUAGCGAGGGCUCACCUCUCCCAAAUCUAUCUCCCAGGCUUGAUUUGUGUUCUUCUAGUCGACAUCCCUCUCCCUCCCCCGAGAGGGGCCUAUCACCCAUCAGCCCCCUGUCUCCAUUAAGACCCCUCUCACCCCUGAGGCCUGUUUCACCUGCCCGGUACAGAAGCGCCAGAGGAUUGUCCUCUCCUACACCCCUUAAGCCCCAGCAUCGACCUCACAGCUCACCGGCAGGGCUUCACUGGGACACGAGCACACCAGCUACCGAGGGUCAACAGGACAAACCUGGAACUCGACCAGUUCUGCAGGAGCGUGCGCCCCCAGAUCCCUGCUUGCUCUCCCCAGCCCUACGAUUCUCUCCAAGCGAGACUUUCUCUCCCGCCCCUGUGACACCAAGGACGGUGGACCGCAUGUUUAGCCACCUUCCGUUACACUCCCAAGAUCAAGCCCGCAUGCCCUAUCACAUGAUUCCGAUAGGGGGCAUACAAAUGGUGCAGCUCAGACCCAGAUCUCGGCCCAAACUGGAACGACAGUCGUCUUCCACCCCGUCACCCACCUCUCCCAAAGAGGACUCCCCGUUUUUUCCGGUCAGGAGAGAUUUCCCAUGGAUCUCGCUUCCGGAAACGAUUCCGCAAAGAACGCAAAGCCGAGGUGAUGGAACUAGCUUGUGUGACCCAUCUUGUCCUAGCACAAGCUUGACUUUACCCAAACCGUCCCCUUUGGAGCAGUGUGCUGAGCAACAAGCUGCGACGGUCAGAAAGCAAUAUGGCGCCUCCGGCUUUGACUCUCAUUCAUGCCGUUCAGAAAAAUCUAUGCGAGUAGAUAAAAGAGAAGAUAAGAUCUCGCACGAAGUGAUUUCAUCUCAAGAAACUAGACAGACGGGAAAGCCCGUAGCGACGACACUUAGGGGACGUGGCUCUCCUUCAGACGGAUGUUCGGGAAGGUGAUCCAGACAGCACUUAAAAUCCUCCGUGCACAAUGACAAAUUGCUUUCUACUGCUAAUACUACUAUUGUUUUUCUGUUUUGUAAUGCGCUUAUUUUUUUAUAUACAAAUUUUCAAUACUAUUGGUAACUUGGUAAAUGUUUGUUCUGCAAUAUAUACGAUUGUAAUAUGAUGCACUUUUUUUCUUGGUAAAAAAUAUUUCUGUAAAUCAAUUGUAGUAUCUGUCCCUCCUGUAUCUUUAUUGCAAUCUUAAUAUAUCUAUUUGAAUAUGUAUAAUUGUGUACAAAAACACUUGUAUAACUUAAGUAUGGCAAUGAAUACUUUUCUUAAUGACCAAGAUGGAAAUUUAAAUCACAAGUAAUUCCGAAAUUUCUCUCGUGUCCAGUAUUGCGCAAAUUAUAGUGAUGUGUGCCUUUCCUGUCCAGAUUUACUGCUUGAAGAUAAAAGGCUGUGAAUUUAUUUUAGAUAUAUGUACGUUUUUUUUGUGUUUGGAGCCGGUAUUCACAGAAUUGGGAGAUGUUUUUACUUUCCAUGUCAGGGUUAAUGAGGCGAGAAGAUAGAGAUGAAGGCUUUACCAUGAGCCUCGCAGGGAAAUUGCACUGAAGUCAUAUUUUUUUAUAAUACAAGUGAAAUGAUUAGAUAAAUUGUCUCUGUACAGAUAGAAAGUCUAUGGUCCAUAUUUAUUGUUAUGUAAAAAAUACGAAAGUUUGUUUACUUUGGUUUUUAAAGGGAUUUCUAUUGUCAUUUUUAUUCUUUACACAUUUUGUUAAUAGUUUUUUUUAGUUAUCUCAAGACUUGAAAUGAAGAAACUGGACACGAUUUCAGUGGAGUCAAUAGACGAGCUUCUGGGUGGAUCAAAUGCCCUCCAAAUUUGUCACAGAAAUUUUGAAUUUCUGAACCAAUAAAGGUACACCACGAAUUACUAAA